AUGGAUGAUGUAUUAAUAACGGGGGUUGCGCCAGAGCAGCACAAUAGAAGAUUGGGAAAAGUAUUUCAGAGGAUCCGGGAAAAGGGAUUACUGGCGAGUAGAGAGAAAAGUGUCUUAGGAGUAAUGGAGGUUGUAUAUUUGGGACAUCGGAUUAAUGGAGUAGAAGUUAGACCACUAGAUAAAAAUAUGAUUGGAAUUGGAAGUAUGGUAAGACCGAAAUUUAAGGCGGAGUUACAAUCUUUUGUGGGAAUGGUAAAUUAUUACCAUCGAUUUAUCAAGGAUUUUGCGGAAAUAACAGCGCCGUUGUAUAAAUUGCUGAAGGCAGGAGUAAGAUUUGAGUGGGGAGAUGAGCAGGAUGCUGCGUUUGAAGGUUUGAAGAAAAGAAUUGGAGAGGAGCCAUUUUGGUCUGUUUCAACAAUGAGUUGGAGGUGA